AUGUGUUAGAAGAAUUUUAGUCUCACAAGUAACUAUACCCGAAUUAGAAGAAAAACUGCUCUUCAUAUUCUCUGAUACAUACAAAGCACCAGCAUAUAUAAAUAAUUAUACUGAAAACAUUCAGCUGCAGUGACUACUUACGCGGAAGCUCACAAGCACGGCUUUUAUUCUACAGGUAGAAGACUUGUUCAAGAUGAUGGAAGAAAUCUGGGGGUUGCGAGUUCUAACUCUGCGCGUUUGGGAAAAUACAUUAAUAGCUACAGAGACAAAUAUGUAAAACAGAUCAUGAGUACUUUACAAAAAUGUACUUGCUUAUUUCUACGAUUAAGCAUAAGCUUGAAGCUACAGAUGUAAAGGAUUUAUAUGAGGGACCAGUAAAAUAAUAAACAAGCGUGUGCUAUAUCUAUCAUGUCAAAUGCUAAAUCUAAUAUACUAUUCUAGUUCGUGUGAGGAUAGUAGUAUAAGUAUUAAUCAAGAAUAUAUAUCUGAAAAUAUAUAUUAUGGCCCAGAUAAACUUAACGAGGUUGCGACUAAAUAUGCAACAUGUGUAUGGAAAACAGCAAAAAUCAUGGAAAAGUAUUUGAAUAUGCCAGAAGAAGACUUAAGAACACGUCAUGUGGACUAUUCGCAUAAAGUGCUUAAAAAUAUAAUCAUGCUAGAAGUAGAGACUAAAGCCCCAUCAGACGAAAUUAACAAGUCAAAUAAUUCUGAAUCUACUGAAAACUCUGUGAUUACAUCUGUAUAUAGCAGAUUCUGCUUAUUUAUAAUAGUAGGUAUUCAUAUGGCUCUAAGAGCCCUUUCAAUUAAAAAUUAGUAAUAAAGAAUUUAUAACCCAAA